CAACAGAUCAAGUCUUGGUGUCGGCUUAUACAGCUGACUGAUCAUGGCAUGGCGAAAGCAUAUAAAAGGGCCAUUAGUUCAUGCAGUUCUUCGCCAAGCAAAACUGCCAAGUAAACCUACUCACCAAUAAUCCAUCCUCGAAUCCUCGAUUUAUCAUGGAGAUAAACUCGGCAGCCACCCUCACCCUCGUCUCUCUCCUCACCCUCCCCAUUCUUCUGGCGUUGCUGACCCGCAAGUCGUCGUCAAAGAAGAGGAGGCCUCCAGGGCCAUGGAACCUCCCCUUGGUCGGCGGCCUCCUCCACCUCCUCCGGUCGCAUCCGCAGGUCGCGCUCCGCGAGCUCGCCAGCAAGUACGGCCCGGUGAUGUUCCUCCGGAUGGGGCAGAUCGACACGGUCGUCGUCUCAUCGCCGGCGGCGGCGCAGGAGGUGCUCCGCGACAAGGACGUCAUGUUCGCGUCGCGGCCGAGCCUCCUCGUCUCGGAGAUCUUCUGCUACGACAACCUCGACGUCGGCUUCGCGCCCUACGGCGCCUACUGGCGGAUGCUGCGCAAGCUCUGCACGGUGGAGCUCCUCAGCACCAAGGUGGUGCGGCAGCUCGCGCCGGUCAGGAAUGACGAGACGCUGACCCUCGUCAGGAACAUCAAGGCCGCCUCCUCCGGCCAUGGCGGCGGCGGCGGCAAGAAGCCGGUCACCCUCGCCAGGCUGCUCACGACGUGCACGAACACGAUCACCGCCAAGGCGGCGUUCGGGCAGGCGUGCGGCGUCGAGCUCCAGGAGCAGUUCUUGACGGCUCUGGACGUCGGGCUCAAGUUCAGCGGCGGAUUCUGCUUCGGCGACCUCUUCCCGUCGCUGCGGUUCAUCGACGCCAUGACCGGGCUGAGGAGCCGCCUGUGGCGAGCACGCGGGCAGCUGGACUCCGUCUUCGACAAGAUCAUCGCUCAGUGCGAGGAGCAUCAGGGUGAUUCCCUUGUCAACGUCCUUCUCAGGAUCAGAGAUCAGGGCGACCUCGAAUUCCCCUUCGGCACAACGAACAUCAAGGCAAUUAUACUGGAUAUGUUCACGGGAGGGACAGAGACGACGUCGUCGGCCGCGGAGUGGGUCAUGUCGGAGCUCAUGAGGAACCCUGAGGUAAUGGCCAAGGUACAGGCCGAGGUGCGGCGAGUGUUCGACAACAAGAGCCCACAAGACCAUGAGGGCCUGAUUGACAACCUACGCUACAUGAAGAUGGUGAUCAAGGAGACUAUGAGGUUGAAUCCAGUGUUGCCGCUGCUGAUGCCCCAUCUCUGCCGGGAGACCUGCGACAUUGGUGGUUAUGAGGUCGUGGAGGGGACCAGGGUGGUGAUCAAUUCGUGGGCGAUGGCGAGGAGCCCCGAGUACUGGGAUGACGCGGAGGAGUUUAAGCCAGAGAGGUUUGAGGAUGGCAUGGCAGACUACAAAGGCUCCCGUUUUGAGUACUUGCCGUUUGGAACCGGGAGGAGGAGAUGCCCUGGUGAUACAUUUGGUAUGGUCUUGUUGGAGCUCAUCGUGGCACGCCUUCUCUACUACUUCGAUUGGAGCCUCCCUGCCGGAAUGCAGCCGGAUGAUGUUGACAUGGACUUCGUCGUCACCGCCACAACUAGGAGAAAGAACCAUCUUCAGCUAGUGGCGUCGCCAUAUAAGUUGGCUCCUAUCCAAAUCUGAUGGAUAUACGGCUCCUACCCAAAGCUGAUGGAUGUAUCAGUGUGUUUGUUCUUUUCUUAUCAUAGGUGUAUUUGUUAUUCGCGUGUUUGUGUACCUUGUAAGGGUGCACGUAAUGUUUGUCCCCGGAUAAUGGACAAACAAAUAAUAAUUGUGAACAAUAUCAUGUACUACUACGUAUUUAUUUAAAGUUACAAAAUAUUUGAUAAUUAUUAAGAAUUCAA